AUGAGCUUCCUCAAAAGUUUCCCGCCACCCGGGUCGGCCGAGGGGCUCCGGCAGCAGCAGCCCGAUACCGAGGCGGUGCUGAACGGCCAGGGCCUGGGCACCGGCACUCUUUACAUCGCCGAGAGCCGCCUGUCUUGGUUAGAUGGCUCUGGAUUGGGAUUCUCACUGGAAUACCCCACGAUUAGUUUGCAUGCAGUGUCCAGGGACCUAAAUGCCUAUCCACGAGAGCAUUUAUAUGUUAUGGUGAAUGCCAAAUUUGAAGAAGAAUCAAAAGAAUCUGUUACUGAUGAAGAAGAGGAAGACAGUGAUGAUGAUGUUGAACCUAUUGCUGAAUUUAGAUUUGUGCCUAGUGAUAAAUCAGCAUUGGAGGCAAUGUUCACUGCAAUGUGUGAAUGCCAGGCUUUGCAUCCAGAUCCUGAGGAUGAAGAUUCAGAUGAUUACGAGGGAGAAGAAUAUGAUGUGGAAGCACAUGAACAAGGGCAAGGGGACAUCCCUACAUUUUACACCUAUGAAGAAGGAUUGUCCCACUUAACAGCCGAAGGCCAGGCCACAUUGGAGAGAUUAGAAGGAAUGCUUUCUCAGUCUGUGAGCAGCCAGUACAACAUGGCUGGAGUCCGGACAGAAGAUUCAAUAAGAGAUUAUGAAGAUGGGAUGGAGGUAGAUGCUACACCCACGGUUGCUGGACAGUUUGAAGAUGCAGAUGUUGAUCACUGA